GCAUUAGUCCAAGGCAAAACACAACAAAAGACGACACUCGUGAGAGAUAGGGUUAUAUUUUCGCUGAUUUUGCUGUCAAAUCUAAAAUUCGCGAAUUUGUGCAAAAUGACACCGAGCACUGGUGGUCCAGCCAUGGAAAAUCAGAAUCCAACUUUGUAUAAACGUGCUGCGGACAGGGAGAUAACGCCUGCGGAAUUGGAUAAUAAUGUUGUUGACCCAUUCGAUGCAAGAGAAAUAUUUGAUUUAAUAAGAAACAUCAAUGAUCCAGAGCAUCCUCUCUCAUUGGAAGAACUGAACGUAGUUGAAGAGCGGCUCUGCCUGGUUAACGACCAGCAGAAUACCAUUGAUGUAACCUUCACACCCACCAUCCCCCAUUGCAGCAUGGCUACAUUGAUUGGCCUGUGCAUUCGUGUGAAGUUAUUGCAUGCUCUUCCACCAAGAUUCAAGGUUACUGUAAAAAUUUCUCCUGGAGCACACGUUUCUGAGGCAGCCAUUAACAAACAGUUAGCAGACAAAGAGAGAGUUGCUGCUGCUUUAGAAAAUAGUCAUCUUAUUAAAGUCAUUAAUGAAUGCAUUUUUGCUGCUCCACCAACAUUUUCAAAAAUCAUUAGAAAUUAAGUCUGCCAUAAAUUGUUACCCAUCUUAAAUAUUUCUUCUUGUUUGUGUCAACUGAAUACAAGCCGCCACCACAGUUAA